AUGGAUUUGCUCACUCUGUUUUGUCUUUCUUUGAGAAGCUUUGGCUCUGCCUUUGCUUCUGAGCUCCUUCUUGCCUCAUUCUGCAAACAUGGGGGACGAAUGCAUCCAAUGUUUGAUGCAAGAUCCCUAUCACUGUCAAGCCAAAAUCCCACUUCUUAUUAUGAUAUUGAUUUCACAGAAGGUAAAAUGAGAGACAAGACAAUGCUAAUUUGUCACCAAAAAAGUAAUGGUGGAGUAGUAGAAGCAGGUGCACCUUCGGUUGAGAAAGAUUUUGCUUCUUCAAUAAAAGCAGCUACUGAUGCUCCUCCAUCUUCUUUUGAGUUCUAUGUCUGGUCAGAUGUGGGAGUUAGCCUUCAUGUGGAUUUAAAUUUGUCCCCAGCAGAUUGGAUUAACAGGUUUAGAAACGAGGUUUGCAUAAGCGAGAAUAUGCAUGGAAACAAGUCUCGAAGCCUUUGGCAGGAUCUCAGCGACUUAGCUGAGAAUUCCACACAAGGAAAAUCUUCCUUUUUGUGGAGUACAAAUUCUGGUCAAAUUGAUGAGCAUGAUAGUCAGGCCAGAUCUCCUUCAGGCUUCAAACUGAUAAAAGAUGAUGCUACCGGGUUAGAUCAACAGAAUACAGAUGUCAGUCCUUUGAUAAGUAAUUCAUUAACCCCAUGCAGCACGACUAUAAAACUGAAAGAUAAUUUACAGGUAAAAAAUUCAACUGUCUCGGCUGAACUGAAUGUAAAUGUGGCUGACAAUUUAAUGCAAGAUCAAUCAACUCUCUCAGCUGAAGUCAGUAAUGGUGCACUGAACAAUUUUAUUUGUGGUGCUGAAUUUUGUGCCAAAGGCUCGUCUAAGAAGAAUAUGACAUUCAUCAAGUCCCUUUGUGAAUCUGUUGUCAACUCACUGUCAGAUCCUGGCAUACUGGGGCUUCAAAAUUCAAAGCCUGAUAAUGAAUGUUCUGAGGAUUGUGCUCUGCUAAAUGAUUCUUGUUUUGCGAAAGCUGGUGCAGCGUGUGCUGGAGCUUCAUUAAGUAGUUCUGCGGGAGUACAAAACUCACCAGGUAUAAACUGUCGGAAAUAUGCAUCAGUUUCAUCCUAUGACAACGAAGGUUCCCUGGAUUUUAGUGAUCCAAAGAGCACUUCUCCUGACAUGGAAGAGUAUAGACUAGUCAAAACCGAGAUUAUUUUUGAGACUGACAGUAACAAUUUCACAUCACUAACUAAUGAAUGGGAGGUGGGCAGGAUUAUUGAUGGAAGGGAGAGUUCAGAAUGCUCCCAGUUUGAUGAUCCACUAAAGAAAUCUAGCCUAGAUUAUGAUAAUCAGGAUUUUAAAAUUGAGCUCAGCAAAAAGAGAAAAAACAGAGACUCCGAAAUUCAAGGUUCAAAUGGUAAACCUACUACGACAAGAGUUUUACGAAGCAUGAAGAAUACUGGUGUGAAGCUGCCCAGAAGAUCCAUGAGGCUAAUCUCCAAGGUGCUUUGA